AUGGCUGCUGCUCUUCAAAAGUCGGCAGACUCCACCGACGGCACUGCUGCUUCAACGUCACCAGAAAGCUCAGGCACAUCGGCAUUCCACUUCACAUCCUCACACCGCUCUUCCUCCACUAACGAAACUCCAUCUCCCCCAUUCAUCCACGUCGAAGGCGUCCCCAACUUCCGCGAUCUAGGCGGCUACCCCUGCAGACCACCCUCGUCUCAUUUCCCACCCAACAAAUCCUACGUGACGCGCCCGCUUACACUCUUUCGCUCCGCCCAAUUGACUGGCAUAACACCCAAUGGCACCCAGACACUCUCUCAGGACCUCAAGGUCCGCAGACUCUACGACCUCCGCUCGGAGAGGGAGGUCAACAACCAAACCCAUAACACCAGGCCGGCAAGUGUAGAGGGUAUAGAGCGCAUCUUCGUGCCUGUUUUCCGAGAGCAGGAUUACAGUCCUCAGGGGUUGGCGAGGAAGUAUAAGAAUUACACUGAUCCGGAUGAGGACGAGAGUCACGGUUACAGUGCGGGUUUCGUCAGAGCGUAUAGAGACAUCUUUGUGAAUGCGGGGCCGGCUUAUAAAAGGAUAUUGGAGCAUAUACGGGACCAUGAUAUACAGGAUGACUCAGGGAGCUCACGGCCGGAGCCGCUGUUAUUCCAUUGUGCAGCAGGUAAAGAUAGAACGGGAGUGUUUGCGGCGUUGGUGCUGAGAUUAUGCGGCGUUCCUGAUGAGAUUAUCGCAUGGGAGUACGGCAUCACGAAGCGGGGACUGGGGUCGUGGGGAAAAACCAUCAUAGCACAUAUGAUGAAGGGUGGCGAGGAGGGGAGCGGGGUCCCAGCCAUGACAAGGGAAGAAGCAGAGAGAGCGGUUGGCUCGAGAGCGAAGAACAUGAUUGUCUUCCUGAAAGAUGUAGUAGACAAGGAAUGGGGAGGAGUGGAGAAGUAUAUGCAGGACCUUUGUGACCUCACCGCCGAAGAUAUCGAGACCGUGAGACGGAGGCUGGUCGUUGAAGGAGAUAGUCCCUAUGGAGACGGGACCGGGUAUUGGAAGCCAGCUGAUACAACCGAGGGGAAUGAGAAGGGUCCUCUCGGCCUCGCCAAAGACGAUGGCAGCGGCAGGGAGCGGGAGCAGAGGGUCAUGACUGGCUGA